AAGCCCUGUGUUUGUUCCACCGGAGAAAAAAAAUGCGCUUGUGGGGGAGGAGAGAGAAAGAACAAACGAGAAGGACAGAGAGUGAAAUUAUAAGGGUAAUUUUUGAGCGCGAUUUCCAAGUGAACUCAAGCGCACCCGACACCAUACACUAAAAAAUUAAUGUUUUGGAGGGAUUUCAAAGGUUUCUGAUGGAGAUGAAGUGGGUUGAACCCAGAAGCCAUUUCGUUGCAGUCACAUGAAGUCAUUUCUCGCUGCAGUUUGGCGCACUGUGAUGUGUAACAUCUGUGUUUUGGGGAAUGAAACGCUUGAUAAACUCACCUGUGCGCGAGAGUCACAGUCGCUGUAACACACACAAAGAGUUGAAAUGCAGCUCAGUCUCUUUACAUCAUAUAAAGCUGAACACACGGAGCGCUGUGGGGGCUGGGACAGGGAAGUGAGCGACUGCAUGCCUGAUAUUUCAUUAACAGCAUUAACGCUGUGGCUUUUAGACAAGGAUGGAGAAAAAAUGGGUGACGGUUGGAGACACUUCACUGCGCAUCUUCAAAUGGGUUCCAGUGACUGAACCAAAGUCAAAUGAUAAGAACAAAAAGAAGAAGGGCAGAGAGGAGAAAUAUGGAUCGGAGGUGACGACUCCAGAGAACAGUUCCUCUCCGGGAAUGAUGGACAUGCAUGAUGAGAACAGUAAUCAGAGCUCAAUAGCUGAUUCCUCUCCGGUGAAGAUGGAGAACAGCUGUAGCACGAGCCCGACACCAGAGGCCACUGCUGCUGCUCACACUGAUGGAAACAAAUGCAAGGCAGAACAUACGCCAUCCCCUGACAAAGGGAAUUGUAACUCUACCCCUUCAGAGACGUCAACAACCAAAAAAGAUACUCGGUUAUCAGGGGAGAAGGAGUCCUCAUCAGACACCUCGACAAACUCUCAGGAAAGUGAAGAUGGUUCCCCACCCACAAAGAAAAGUAGAGUGGAAUCAUCUUCUCAGGACUUAGAUAACUAAAGCUGACUAGUUUGCUCCCAUGUUUCAAACGUCACUGUCACAAACCAAUGAGGAAACACAACCCACUUAACAAUCCAUUCCUGAUCUUUAAGUAUAGCUUCACCCUGUUCUUCAUCUUCUCACCUGGAGCGAACAUUGUCGCUGUGCCGGUGAACCGAGGCCGACGACGAACACUGACCUGAUCCUGUGAGAAACCUGCAGCCUCGCUCCAUUCAACUCAUGCACGAUAUACAGCGUUAGUUUAACAGUAAUGAGAGUGAAUGCACUGCAUAGAUUUGUCAAGAUAAAAGAUGGAUUUGCUGCUGUGAUCAUCUUUGUUUUAAGUCUUCUAUUAUUUAAUUUAAUGACUCUACUAGUUGUUUUUCGAACUAUUUUGCAGGUUGUUGUAUGGUUAUAGUGCUGGUGUUUGGUUUGUUCAUAGAUUCUCUACUGGUUAGUGUGCCUUCUGGCUCCAUGAUGUGUGAUUUUAUUUUUUAUUUUAUUUUUUUUGUGGCUUUUGUUUUUUUAAAAGCUUUUCAAAGCAUCACUGCUUUUUAAGGGGAUGAAGAAUGUUUUGUUACUUGUCAAAAUGAAUCGAAUAUAUACCUCAUUUCCAAACCAGCUGAGCUGGAACUUAAUUCUUGAUUGAUGGAUAAAUCCUAUUCACUGAACACAAUCUGGCAGUUUUUAAAUUGUCAUUUUCAACAAUAAAUCCAUUUUCACUUCAAUCUGAUGUAGCAACGUUCCAGGAACAUACAAUGAAAUACUCUAUAGAUACAUUGGGACCAUGUUUUCUUGAAAUGAAUUUUUGUACAGUUGAUUAAUUUUGGUUUUUAUUUAUUUCACCAUUAGUGCUUAUUUUUAGCAUAUUCAAUUUGUUUGAAUAAAAAAUGUUAACUGAA